AUGUUGCGCCCCUCUUUUGUCGCGUUGCUCGCUGCCUUGAGCAGCGCAACGUUUGCUAAUGCAUGGUUCCGCGUCGCAUGUGGGUCCCCGCUCGUGCAGGAACGGGUCGACCCCAUCCUCAACCCUGGCCAAGUUCCAUCCAACCACGCCCACACGGUUGAGGGUGCCUCGAACUUCGGCCCCAAUUACAGCUACGACAGUCUGCGCGCUUCCAGCUGCACCAGUUGCGAGGUCGCGCAAGACCUGUCGAACUACUGGUACCCCAAGCUGUACUUCCAGGACCCCUCCACCGGACAAUUCGAAGCUGUCAGCGACGGCGGUCUGCUGGUGUAUUACCAGAACCGUGGAAAUGACGACGUUGCCAACGGUGGCCCAGGCCUGAAAGCGUUCCCGCCCGGCUUACGGAUGAUAACGGGCAACCCGGCGCGCAGGAGCAAGAAGUACCCUGUCGGUGAGGGAAGCCAAGGCGAGCUUGGUGAACGCGCUAUCCAGUGGGCUUGCCUGCGUUAUGGCUCUGCUGAGGGUUACGACAACACGAACGGCACUGGUUUCCCGUGGACGGACUGUGAAUCCGGAUUUAAUGCGAGGCUCCACAUGCCUGCCUGCUGGAAUGGCGUGGACCUGUACAAGGAUGAUCAGUCGCACGUGGCUUAUCUGACCCAACUUGACAACGGGGAAUGCCCCUCUGGUUACCCUGUUGGCUUGAUGAAGCUGUUCUACGAGAUCACCUGGGAUGUUCACUCGUUUGCCAGCCGCUGGGAUCCUAACACGCAGAAGUGGCCGUUUGUCUGGUCUACUGGGGAUCCUACCGGUUACUCCUGGCACGGGGACUUCCAGAACGGCUGGGAUACUACCGCUCUGCAGAACGCCAUCGACCAGUGCAAUAACCCGAACGACCAGACCGGUUCCGGAGUGACGGAGGCCUGCUCUUACCUCACCGUCAACUCCGCUUCCACGGCUAAUGCGUGCAAGAUUGCCCCCAUCGUGAAUGAGCAAGUCAACGGCACGUUGAGCAAGCUCCCCGGAUGCAACCCGCUGCAGAACGGGCCCGGGGACGCGACGAUGUACUUGGACUCCAAUUGCCCGACCUCUUAAGUUGAGAAUUCUUACUGUUUGACUCGAGUACCUUGACCACAUGUGUACCCCCUUAUGCUUGGAGUUCUAGGUGGUCUUUUCCAACAUUGGGUUCUUGACUGUCUGUACUGUACUAUGCACGUGCUUCGAAUGUUAUUAUCUUGAUCCCU